CAGUUCUCUCGUUCACCGAGUGAGGGUCGAGUCUAGGUCAGUUUAACGCGUACCGAACCGCAUGCACCUGCAGUAUCGUACUUGUAUAUCAAUUACAGGCUGCGUAGCUAACAAUCAAAGUCUACAAAUACAGUGAACUACAACGUGGAACAGCGCAGCCGUAUUUUGCAAGGGUGCCUCAUCAUUGAAGGGAAUUUUUCUCGAGUGAACUCAUUCAAAAUGUCAUCAUCGACAACGAAGCUUCCGUCUGGUUCCCGCCGGAGCCUUCCGGCAGUCUCAGACGAGAAUCAAGCGAUCCGAGGAGCGGCGAUUGUUUCAAGAUACCUGCCUGGGUCUGGGGAGUUCGGUAAUGAAGAUGAUGAUGGGAAACAGCCGAAUCUGAACCCUGGAUUUCAAACGAGGAAAGCCGCCGCUUGUUUACAACCGCUACAGUCAAACGACAUCGGACUUUACAGUUCAUUCAGCAGGUCAAUGAGUACCGAGUCAGAGAAGUCAGAUAGUGACUUCGAUCUGCAUCCUUUGAUCAAGGAGGAGUUGAGGAAUAGCAUCCAGAAGCGACGAUGGCAGAGAGGAAUGCUGGAUUGGGCCCUGGAGGACUAUGACAAGAAACGAUAUCGAGAGGACCAGCUGACACCAGAGGAACUUGAGAAGAGAGAGGAUCGGAAGAUGAGAAACCGCGAAGCUGCGGCCAAAUGUCGAGCUAAAAGACGCACGAGAAUGGAAGAACUGGAACAGUCAAUGAAUAGCCUUGAAUCCAGACGUAAUGAGUUGAUGCAACAGAAGGAACAGCUACUCCAGGAAAAACAACAGUUGGAAAAGAUGGUAGAAGAUCACUUCCGGGUGUGUCAUCGUAAUAAUGGGCUGAGAGGCACGUGAUGACCUCGUGACGCGUCAACUGUCAAUACACAACGGAAACGAUGGACGAUUUGAUGGACAACAAACGCCACUGAUGACGUCAUUCUUAUGGAUGGAUUAAAGCAUAUCCGCAUGAGGGCGCUCUUCGCUUGAACUGGUGGAUAUUUUCAGCUAGCUGUCGGCUUUGCAUGACGACGUUUUUUCCCAAGGGGAGAUAGUGAUAGCAAUAAACGUGAACUUUCAACUUGCAGUGUCAGUAGACAACGCUUGGCUUGCUUUAGCAUCCAGAAAACUACUCCUCUGUUUAUAUAGUUUCUCUGAAAUAUAUAUUAAAUUUUGUCUCUUUUGUAAGUUAAUAUAUAAUAAGUGAAGCUUAUAUAAAGUUGCAUAUGAGUUGGUCAAACUUGCAUUCCAACUUAGUAUUUCAGGGCUACUUGUAUGUGACUGAAGGUGAAAUAUGAAGAUGGAAAAAAGAUGGUGUUCAUUAUUGUAUCAAUUAAGGCUAGGAAUUUUAUAGUUUUUCUAUUUCCGAUUGAAGAAGUUUCGAUUGAGGCGGAUCUUCGUUUUCAAGUCUUUUUUGGAGGGGUAAUUAAAAGUAAAAAUACCCGAAUCUUCAUUUUCAAGUCUGUGUUUUUGGGUAAAGUAAAAAAAAAAAAAACAGAAAAAGACAAGAACAACUGGAAAAAAUUCCAUAAAAAUAUCGACCUUUCAAAGAUUUGAUUCUGUAAUCUUUCAAAUAUCUGCAGAAUGACCUUUUUUUUUUAAUUCACUGAAAAAAGUGCCUGUAACACGAAUUUAACAUUAACAUAUAAGUACAUUUUCUUAUUUAUUUUCACACUAACGAAAAUAUCGAUCUAUUUACUUCAACAUGCGUUAAAAAAUAUCUUUGCGGGAUGUAUUAAUAUAAUAUUUUCAUUCGAUAGUUCUUUUUCUUGUUAACCUGUUUACUACGGUAUUUAUUUUAUUUAUUGCAUUUUCUAAACAAAACUCAAUUACUAUAUUUAAAUAUAAUAUCAAAGUAAUGUUAAAUGUGCAUUGAUGUUUGAA